AUGGAUCUGCUGGGAGAUAUUGUGGAGCACGACACGUCCGACCAGGUUUCUGCGCCCGUGGCGUUUGUGCCGCGGCCGGCGACGGGGUUCCCGCUCGCGUCGAAGCGCAAGCCUGCCCAGCGACUCGCAAAAAAGCCCGUUGACAAGCCUGCUGACACCCACCUCUCGGAAAAGGAACAGAUCCAUCUGGAAAACGUCGAGAAGCUCAGCCGAAUGUCGCCCGAGGAGCGAAUGCAGGCCAAGGAGGAGCUGGUGAGCACGCUGGACCCGAAAAUCCUCCAGAUGCUGCUCAACAAGGCCCGUCCCCAGGACCUGGACCAGGGCAGGCCUGCCGUGGACAGCGAGCCCGGGUCGGCCGUGUCCAGCCCGCAGCUCAAGCCGGCGCUGCGCAAGAACAGCGCGUCGUCGUCGUCGUCCGACAAAAAAGUGCGCUUCAACAACGAGGCGUCCGUCAAGUACGUCAAGCCGUCGUCGCCGUUGGCAAUGCCUGUAAGCUCUUCGUCCGAGCCGCACGAGGACGAGGACUGGGAGGACAUCGAGUACCUGGACGACUCGGGCCCGUCGUUCGAGGAGGCCCAGCGGCUGAAACAGGCGUCUGUGCAUUUUCCCAAGCCGUCCACCUUGGAGAAGCUGGAGAAGCUCGAUUUAAACGACCCGGACUUCAACGACAAGCUGCACGCCAAGUUCUUCCCGGACCUGCCCAAGGACCCGAAACAGCUCGAGUGGAUGAAGGCCGCGCCAGAAACCCCGAACGAAAUAGCCUACGACACGAUCGCCGAUCUGCGGUUCGAUCUGAACGGAGAUCUGGUCACGUCGGAGAACCUGGACAAACUAGCGUCUGCUCGCGAGCUCCACCACCACUCGGCACACCCAGAAUUGCCAGGGUACACGCUCGCGGAGCUGGCACACUAUCUGCGGUCGUCUUUUGCCGGGCAACGGUGCAUAGCUCUGCGGAGUCUGGGCCGUAUUCUGUAUAAAUUGGGCGAGGCCAAGUUCCAAGUGGUGGACCAGCAGGACGAAGAACAGGAACUCGCGGAGUUUGAGCGCAAAUGCUGGGGGUUGGUGAUCGAUCUCAACAUCAUGGAUCUCAUCAAUGAGUUUGCUUCCGACAAGCAGCGCAACCUCAGUGUUAAAAACUAUGCGAUAGAGGCUCUUUAUUUGUGGAAAAAGGGCCGUGGAGACGUCAAGCUCAAGAAGGUGUUGCAAGAGCGUCUAAACUCGUCCGGUAGAUAG